AACUAACUAAUGCGUGUUGGUUUUGGUCUUUCAUAUUUUUUUUUUUGGUUAUUAAUUUAUGCUUAUUCUCUUGAACUGCCAGCCAAGGGUAGAAGUUGCUAUGGUGAAUGCCAGGAUUCGAAAAACAGUUCGAGCAACCAGUGCAACGGUUGGUUACAUAGGCCCUGCUGCUGAUUUCAACUAUGAUCAUCAACAUCUUGGCACGGGCCCUCAAACGCUGAUCGAACUUGCCGAGGGACGCCAUCCCUUUUGCUCUACCCUCUCAAAUGCUAAAAAUCCAGUUAUCAUUGUUGGAGCUGGAAUCUUUGAGCGGAAGGACAAGGAUGCAAUUUUCUCAACAGUUGAUGCCAUUUCCAAAAAUGCGAAUGCUGUUAGGCUUGAUUGGAACGGGCUUAAUGUGUUGCUACUUAAUGCUGCCCAAGCUGCGGCUCUGGACCUUGGACUUGUACCAGAAUCUAACGAAAGCAUUGAAUCUGCCAAAUUUCUCUAUUUGAUGGGUGCUGAUGAUGUGAACUUGGAGAAAGUUCCAGAUGAUGCCUUUGUCGUUUACCAAGGUCACCAUGGUGAUCGGGGCGUGUAUCGUGCCAAUGUAAUUCUUCUUUCAUCAGCUUUCUCUGAGAAAGAAGGGACAUUUGCAAAUGCAGAGGGAUGUGCUCAAACAACUGUACUAGCAGUCCCCACAGUGGGUGAUGCUAAGGAUGAUUGGAAAAAAAUUAGAGCAUUGUCUAAGGUGGCAGGUGCUCAGCUGCCUUAUGAUACUCUUAGUGCUAUCAGAUCCCGAAUGAGGACUGUGGCACCCAAUCUUUUGCAUUCCGACGAAAGAAAACCAAUAGCUUUUUCAACAUCUUCCUUGAGACCUGAGAUCAAGGGGAAGAUGGAUAUGGCUCCAUUUGAACCUGCAGUUGAGAACUUCUAUAUGACGAAUGCAGUCGCAAGGGCAUCAAAGAUCAUGGUCCAGUGCAGUGCAUUGUUGACGAAGAAGUGAUCACUAGUAGGUUUUGAUACUUCAAUAAAGGUGUCAAAUUGACUUUUUUCCUGAAUUUGUAGGAUUCUUUGUUGGGACAGGAAACAGUUUUCCAAGUAAUGCAGUGCCAUAGUGUAGUGUUCAUAAAUGGCAACCUGAGUUUAUUUAUGGUGUGUACCUUUUUGUAACUUAACUAGUACUUAGCUGUUGUGACCUCAACA